AUGUUGUCAGCGGAACACGAUAGUCGAAAAGGCUUAUGCGGUACUUCUUUAGACUUCUCCUUCCUUGGGCUGCUUCCAAAAGUUUCGAUUGCCUGUACUCUAGAAGAUCUUCUUGCAAAGCUUCUGCAACUGGUACUGGCUACCAGUCGCUCGAGACGUGAUGCAGUCGAAUCCGUUCAUAAUGUUCUCCUUCACUCUAGCUCCUUGGUUUUCGAAGUUUGCUCCAAGUUCCUUGUUCGAGACAUUGAGGCCUUGUCUUCUGAGAAACAGGUCGUAGUCCUUCAUUGGGUACGCUUCGAGGAGCAGUCAGAAGUGGUCAGGAGCCAAUCUGAAGCCGUUAUAUACGAAUUCCCUCCUUCCUCUAACACGGUGACAAAACUUCUUUUUCAGGUGGGCUUAAUUGCACGUUUGGUCGAAGGAAACGGUGAUCUAAACCACUGCUCAAGGAUGGUACCACUGAGAUGUCCAGUAAGCACCACCUUCGGUUGGUGA